AUGUAUGUUGAAGAGUAUAGACAUCAAGUAGGUGGACACUGUAGAUUAAUCAAACCAAAAGAUUCUUCAAAAGUGUAUAAACCGUUAAUAGAAAAUGAGUAUAUUUUUUAUGAAAAAUUAACGAAUUUUGGCUCUUCUUCUGCUGAAUCGGGGCCAUUACAUAUUCUAAAAAAAUUUAUUCCCAAAUUUUACGGGGUAACAGAAAUUGUCGUUGAAUCGUCCUCUUCUUCGUUUUCUUCUUCCUCCAUCUCCGAUUUGGAAAGUGGAUCAGACAUGAAUGGAAAUCAAAACAUCGAAAUUAGGGAAAAAGAAAAAAACAAACAAUCACAAACAAGCAAAGAAAACGAACGAAACGAACGAAACGAACGAAACGAACGAAACGAACGAAACGAACGAAACGAACGAAACGAACGAAACGAACGAAACGAACAAAACGAACGAAACGAACAAAACGAACGAAACGAACAAAACAAAAAACAAAAAAGUAAGCACAAAUACAAAUACAUUAAAUUGAGUGGAAUCGAAGGUGAACUAAUUAGAAGGGAUUAUUUUGAAUGGACUCAAAGUGGACGUAUGCAAGAAGAGGCAAAUGAUGAAGGGGUUAAAACGAACAAAGAUGGAACCAAAACUCGUGUAGAAGAAACUAAUGUAGGGGAUGUGUGCAUAAGGAAGGAAGAUGAAGAUUCCAAAUUGUUAAUAAUUCCAAAAAAAAAAAAAAAAAAAAAAGCUGAAAAUACAGAUACAUGCGAAAAACUUACAAACAGAGGAAAAAGAAAGAAAAAAAAAAAAAAGAAAAAAUGUGUUCCACAUAUAGUAUUAGAAGAUCUAGUAUACGGUUUUAAAAGACCAUGUGUAUUAGAUAUAAAAAUGGGUAAGAGGCAAAGAAAGAUAGGUGCAUCUUUAGAAAAAAGAAAAAGACAAGUUGAAAAAAGUUUUAAAACAACAAGCCAUUCAUUAGGAUUUCGAUUAUGUGGUUGUCAACAUUAUAAUAAAUUAAAAGAUACAUUAUUUUAUAAAGAUAAAUAUUGGGGUAGGAACUUAAGCAAAGAAAAUAUACCAUUAGCCAUUAGGAAUUGGCUAUGGAAUGGUACUCUAUUAUAUGAUGAAUUAAUACCAUUACUAUUAGAAAAAUUACAUCGAUUUUUUAAUUGUAUAGUUGAGUUAAGACAUUAUAGGUUCUGGUCAUCUUCACUUUUAUUAGUUUUUGAUGGAGGAUUAAAUGAUAAAGAAGCUAGAUCUAACUCACUUGAUAUUAGAAUGAUUGAUUUUGCAAAUACUAUUUAUUUACAAGAUAAUCCUUCUGUUGAUGAUGAAUAUAUUUUUGGAUUACGUAAUUUAAUUAAAUCCAUUCAAAUUUUAAAUAAUUCUAUUCAUAAUAUUUACUUCUUACCCUAUGAAAUUACCACUUGCUUCUAUUCGGAAAAUUAUAACAUCAAAGAAGUUGGAUAUCACAAUCAUUUUAGGAAAUCCAAGUCGGCCAUUUUUGAGAGGCACGCAAAAAAAAAGAAAAAAAAAAAUCUCUACGUCAACUUAGAAUUGUUAAGAAAUACAGAAAGAGCGGGAGAAAAUUAUGCAUGCGGAGUAACGGAGAACGGGGAGGGAAAAAAUAAAAAUGAUGAAAAUAAUGCAAAUAGGAAAAGUAGUAAACAUGAUGCACAUAGUAAUGAUGAUAAAAAUAGUAAAAGUAGUAAAAAUAAUGAAAAUAAUGCAAACAGUAAAAGUUGUAAAAGUAAUAAAAAUAAAAAGAAAAUAUCGUAUUCAAGCGAAGCUCGAAGUGGAUCCAAUUCGAACUGGUUAACCCAGAAAUAUGCAAACAUUUUCGCGGAAAAAAAAAAAAAAAAAAAAAUUUCAAACGAACAUAAAUAUAGGAAUUACUCUGAAUGCGCUUUCAGAAGUCAAACAAGGGUUUCCCUCUGCAGAGGAAACAAUGGAUGGGGGAUUGAAGGGCAAAGUGUAAACAGAACUAGACCCAACAGGAAUAACAGCCGUGAGAGCAGCAUGUGCAGAAGCAGAAGCAGAAGCAGAAGCAGACGUGGAAAUUUACAUGGAAGUAGGUUUAUUCACACCAAUAACGAUAACGCCUGUAGUAGCCCCCUGGUGAAGGUUAGCAAUGAUGAGGACCACUACAAUGGGGAGGAAAUUUACAAGAAUCAAGUGAACGCGGAAAGGAGUAAGAGCUUCAAAUAUAGUGAAAAAAUACGUAUUCAGGAUAGAAAUAAUACGAAUGAAAAAGGAACCAACAAAAUGAUGCGUACACAUUUGUAUAACGAAGAAACGAACAAUAUAUAUUACGAAGGUUUGAGAGAUAUUAUCACUAUAAAGAAUUUAGAGGAGGUUAACAGUAAUGCAGAGAUUUAUUAUUAUAGUUCAUAUAAAAAUAAGAAUAGAAUGAAGAACGUAUCGAAUGGGGGGGAACACAGAAAAGAAAAUUCACAAAUAGAUCAACCGUAUGGAGGUAAAAUUAACAAAGAAAUUUGCAAUAUUGAACAUAGAAAAUGUAAGAAUAAUAUCGACAUUCCUAUAACUAAGAGGAAAGAUGGGCACACUCAAGGAAAUGUAAAAAAUAAGGGAAAUGUAUUACAUAACCUUUUGGAACUAAAUGAAUCGCGCAUUUCGGAUAUAAGAAUGAACAGUAGUCAACUGGGAUAUGCAAACAUGAUAAAUUCGGUAGAAAAGGAUAAAGAAAAUUGUGUAUUGACAAAUAACAUGAACAUAAAUAAUGACGGCACAAAGGUUGACUAUGGAAAAGGCAAUCGCGAUGAUAGAUCUGAUACUAAAAAGUGGAUGAAUAAUAUUUUUUCCGAAGAAUGGAAUAAUCAAAAUAGACAAAAAAGCGACAAAUCCAUUUUACUACCAAAGAGGAAUAUAAUCAAAAAAGAGGAUAUAGCUGUACCAUUCCAGCAGUUGUCGUAUGAUUUGAUUAUACAAGAUAUUAUCUUCAAAACAUUAAAAGUUACAUCUAAUAUUAAUAGGAGGGUUAAGACAGAAGUAGAGGAUAUGUUAGAGAUUUCUCAACCACCUUGGGAUAAUAAAAACGUUAUUACUACUCAUAAGAGUAACAAUACUUAUGAAAUAUUAUCCAAAGGAGGACGAACGCAAAAAUGUAAGUAUACAAAUUAUCCGGAUGAUGCGAAUGGAAGUAAAAAUUGUUGUAAGCAUGAACAUAUAUAUAUGAACGAAGGAAAUUAUAGGAGUAGUUGUGUAAAUUUCCAAAAGAAGAAUUUAAAAAUUUGUCCAAAUGAUAAUUUUAACAUUACUCAUUUGGAUGUAUACGCUUCAGAAGGGCCUAACAUUCAAGAGAAAAAAACAAUAGAAGAUACAAAUCUACAUGAUCAGAUAAAUAAUUAUAAAUUUUUUCACAAAGAUACACCAAAAUAUUUAAAUAACAAAGAACAACAUACUAAUUGUACAUUAAACAACAUCCUUCAUGAUGCUGAUAUAAUUAACGAUACUACGAAACAUGAGUCAGGAAACAAAGCAGAAAGAAGUAGGAAGAAGGACAGUACCAACAAUCUACAUCUAUUAAAUAAAAAUAUAAAUCUGAAAUUAUUUAUUAACUACGUGAUUAGAAUAGAGAUAGAAAAAAAGAAAAGACAGGAGGAGGAAGAAGAACGACAACAACUCCUUUUAGAUAAAAAUAAAAUAAACAUGAAAAUGAAAAAUAUGUGCACCAGUCAUUUUUCUGAUAGCAAUAAAGAUACGUUAGAGUUAUACAAGAAAAUGAAAAAAUUGAAAUUACAGAAAAGCGCAAUUAGUAAGGCAUUAAAUUCAGAAGAGAAACUGAAAAAAAAAAAAAAAAAAAAGAUACAGGGGGGGUUGGAGGUGUUAGAGGAGGAAGAGGAACAAACGAAUCAUUGGAAUAGAGAAAAGAAAGAGAAGAAAGAAGAUCCCACGUGUAAAAGUAUCGAACAUGUUUUAAAAAACGUACACUAUAAUUCUGAUACCAAUAUAAUUUAUAAUAAUAGAUUAAGGGAUGAUUAUGAGAUGGCAAAUAAAAUGAAUAGACAAAAUGAUAAUAUAUAUAAAAGAUGCACUUCAUGCACAGAUAUACUAUUAAGUAUUAAAAAAGACAAAAAGGAAAAAAAAAAAAAACCAAAAAAAAAUAGAAAAAGGCUUAUGCGAAAGAUUAAUAUAUUCUCACGCACGAAGAGUAACAUCAUAAGAGCAAAUCGAUGGCACUCCUUUUUUAAUAAUGACAGGAAUAACAGGAGUAACAGGAGUAACACUAAUAGCAGGUAUAGCAGGAAGGUCUCUAAUUGUGGUAAUAAUAAUAAUUACUAUUAUAGUAACAAAAUGCGUACAAAACUUGACUUAAUGGAAAUAAACAAAAAGGCGCUAAAGAGUGAGUGGUUUUAUAAACUAUAUGACGAUUUUAAUGUUUUCAGCCCACAUUACCAAAACAGUAUUAUGUGUCUAGAUGAUAUUACAAAUCGAAAUAAUAUCUUGGAAAACUAUUUAAAGAAUAAAGAUGUCCAUUACGAUUGCACAAGAAAAAAUCUAAUAAUACCAUUAGCAGAAACGAAUCCAUAUUAUAAAUAUUUGCGUAGGUCCUUAUCAGAGCCAAACUUCUACAAAUUUAGUCGCUUCAGAUAUGUACCAAAUGAUAUGUAUGAUAGCAAAAAAAUGAAUUAUAAUAAUUUAAUUAAAAACAGGUUAUAUAAGCUUAGCAAGGUACCCAUCUACAAUCAAAUAUAUGGGUUCACCUCGAAUUCUGGCGGAACCGGUUCGUCGGAUAUAUCAUUGGAAUAA